CCCUAACCUCAAUUUUUUCGUCUACUUUUAGUAUUUUUGUAAUUCAGAGAUCUCCACCUCCUCUGUGUCCACUGACAGGUGCCAUCAACACACAAUCACUGUCAAUAAGAAGUCAACGAGAAAUGUCACGACCAGGAACAAGACUUGAUUCUAAGAAAGUGAACUCAGAAUUAUUUACAUUAACUUAUGGAGCCCUGGUGGCACAACUCCUGAAAGACUAUGAGAACGUCGACGACGUGAACAAGCAGCUGGAGAGAAUGGGGUAUAACAUGGGGAUUCGUCUCAUUGAGGAUUUCUUGGCGAGGACGGGGUCAGGACGUUGCUACGAUUUUCGUGACACUGCUGAGAAGAUUCAGUCAGGCUUCAAGAUAUUCCUGGGAAUAACCCCAACCAUCACAAAUUGGAGUGCAGCUGGUGAUGAAUUCUCUCUCUGCUUUGAGUCCAAUCCUCUGACUGAAUUCGUGGAGCUACCUGACAACUGUCUGAGUCUCAAAUACUGUAAUAUUCUGACGGGUGUGCUAAGGGGCGCCUGUGAGAUGGUGCAGAUGGAGGUCUCCUCCUGGUUUGUUCAGGAUCAACUCAAGAACGACAGUAUAACUGAACUCAGGGUGAAGUUCAUUAAGAGAUUGGAAGAUGCCAUCCCAGCUGGAGAAGAUUAAUGUAAUUAGGGGCAGUUCAAUAAUUUUGUUAUGGUUUUGAUCGAAUGCUGGGGUGAGACCUAGAACAACUUCAACGACUCCACUUCGUAUCUAUGCAUUUCACCCAUCGUCAUGUAAAUAUAUAAUGAUUCCAGUAUAACCUAAACGUUAGUAGAUAAUUAAUUUCUUAAUAUCGUUAAGAGAUGCGAAAAAUCCAAUUAAUUGAAUGUUGAUGAUUGCAACUGUGAGUGCGUGACAAAUACAGUACUAUUCAAUCAAAA